AUGACAAGAAAAUGUGGUUUUUUUGAUUGCAAUAAUCCCAGUGAAAAAGGGGAAAACUCGUGCCAAAGUCACCUUAAUAGGAAAGAGCAAAGUAUUUGUGCGGCUUGUCGGCAAACGAAGCCACUACAUGAAUUAGAAUUUCAUCCCUCGCUAAUAAAGCAAAAAUAUUUAUACAGGGGUGUUAUCAUAACGCGAAAUAAACUGCCGGCUCGAUUUCAAACUGAGUUCAACCAGUUAUUACCCCAAUUAAAAUUAAGUGCUAGCGAACAAGAAUUAAUUGCGAAAGCGGAAAAAUUAAUUGCGGAUUUUUUGGCGAAAAAAGAUCCAAACCAACCGGAUCAACCUAGGCCAAACCAAAAUGAUAAUUCAGCAAAAACCACCCAAUUACAACAGGAAAUCAACAGUUUAAAGCAAGAAGUCCAAAACUUAAAAAAUUCCACUGACUCUCCCAAUUCUGACCUUUUGCGUGAUAAAGAGGACAAAUUAAGAGAAAAGGAAGAGGAAUUGGAGGAAUUAAAAAGAAAAAAUAAUUCUCCAAAACAAAAUCAAUCCGAUAAAAAUAAUGAUUCUAACCUUUCGCUUAAAAUUGGCCUGGGAGUGGUCGCAAAAAUUAAAAAAAUCCCUGAAGGGCGAGGAAUUAUCCAUGGCAAAUUUAGUUUUAACAAUACUAUUCUCGAUUUAAGUAAAGAAAACGGCGAUAUUUUGGCUACGGUUAGCGCAGGCAGUGUUGACCUCGGCAAUAAUAAAAAGAUUACCGGCACUAAAAAAGCCACUCCUUUUAUGGCCAUAAAGGUUGCGGAAGAAAUAAUUAGAAAAGCCAAUGAAUUUGGGAUUCACAAUGUUGAAUUACAAGUUAAGAAUAUUGGAGCCGGUCGCGAUACGGUAAUAAGAAGAAUAUUGGAAGAAAAAUCCCUAAAUGUUGAAACUUUAAUCGACCGAACUCCUGUGCGUCAUGGUGGUUGUCGGCCUCCUCGCGCUCCUCGAAAAUAA